GGCGAUCAGCCUGCGAGGCGCCAACAUCAGCGGCUCACUCGCGGAUGCCUCCGGCAGAGGGUGGAGGUGCGGCCACACGCUAGCCGAGCUCGACCUCUCCGGCAAUCGCGGGCUACUGCGCGGGUCGGUCGCGGAUGCCGCGGCGCCUGUGGCGGGCUGAGGAAGCUGAACCUUUCUCGUAACACACUCGUCGUCGGCACGAAGGGCGACCGAAGCGGCGCGGGCUUCGCCCGUUUGGAUGUCCUUGACCUGUCAAACAACAGGAUCGCCGGAGACCUUGGCUGGAUGCUGGUGCUCGCCGUCGUGGGGGGUGUCCGCUGGCUAGGCCUCACCGGGAAUAUGAUGUCCGGGUCAGUCCCGGCGUUCUCCAACUGCUCCAGGAUGCAGUCGCUUGACCUGUCCGACAACGCCAUCUCCGGCGAGGUUGCGGCCGGUGUCUUCUCCGGCUGCAGCGCUCUAGUUUCGCUCGACCUUUCCAUGAACCACUUGUUGGGCGCUUUCCCGCCGGACAUCCUGGGGCUCGCGUCGCUCUCCUACCCAAACCUGUCGUUCAACAACUUCUCCGGCGCACUCCCUGCCGGCGACGCGCCCGCUGCUGGGCUCCCGCGUCUCGCGACUCUCUCACUAUCUUCCAACUACUUUGACGGCUCCCUGCCAGACUUCAUCGGCGCGCUUGCCGAGCUAAGGACGCUGGACCUCAGCUCCAACGCGCUCACUGGCGCUAUACCGGCGUUGCUCUGCCCGAGCAUGGGAGCCUCCAAGCUCCAGGUCCUCGACCUGCAGAACAACUACCUCAACGGAGGCAUCCCGCUGGCCAUCUCCAACUGCGCCAGCCUCGAGUCUCUCGACCUCAGCCUGAAUUACAUCAAUGGCUCCAUUCCGACAUCCCUCGGCGACCUUCGCCGUCUCCGAGACCUCAUCAUGUGGGAGAACGAAUUGGAGGGCGACAUCCCGGCGUCACUUGCCGGUGCUCGAGGGCUCGAAAACCUCAUGCUUGAUUAUAACAAGCUCACCGGCGGCAUCCCACCAGAACUGGUGAACUGCGAGGAUCUGAAGUGGUUAUCCCUCGGUAGCAACAAGCUCUCUGGACCUGUGCCGGCAUGGUUGGGGCGGCUAGACGACCUGGCGAUCUUGAAGCUGAGCAACAACUCCUUCUCGGGGCCGAUACCACUGGAGCUAGGAGACUGCAAGGGGUUGGUUUGGCUCGACCUCGACGACAACCAGCUGAAUGGACCAAUACCGCUGGUGCUGGCGAGGCAGUGCGGGAAGAUGUCCGUGGGCCUCCUCACCGGGCAGCCGUACACCUACUUGCGCAAUGACGAGGGGUUGGGCGGCCAAUGUCGAGGCAAGGGGAGCCUGCUUGACAUCAGCGCCGUACGGCCCCUCGAUCUGAACCGGAAGGCCAUCAAGAAGGUGUGCAACUUCACAGUCAUACACAUGGUGGCGAGCACUGAGUACACUUCCAAUAGAAAUGGGUCCAUGAUAUUCCUUGACCUGUCCUUCAAUCAACUCCAUUCUGCGAUCCCCAAGGAGAUUGGCAACAUGUACUACCUCAUGAUCUUGAACCUUGGGCACAAUUUGCUCUUUGGUGCUAUCCCUGAUGAGCUUGGAGGCGCCAAGAAAUUGGCUGUGCUUGACCUGUCACACAACAAAUUGGACGGCCCGAUUCCGGAAUCAUUGUCAACGUUGGCAUUGUCGGACAUUGAUCUGUCAUGUAAUAGGCUCAGUCCCGAGAGUCAGUAUGGGAAAAACUCUGGGUUGUGUGGUAUACCAAAUUCGACAAUCGAAGGCGUGUAUGGCUCCGAUGACAAAUUCUUCAUCUUCGAGCUGACGAUCCUAUUGGUAGGUGUCACUAUAACUCUUGGUACUAUUGCUUUUUGCUUAUUCGCAGUGAUCGUUAAGAAGAUGGAGAAAGUUGGGGACACAGCUUCUGCUGAUGAUUCGGUGGACCAAGUAGGGCAUCAAUUAAUCUCUCAUCUCGAGCUUGUUCGUGCAACCGAUAAUUUUAAUGAAGACUACAUGCUCGGAUCAGGAGGCUUUGGAAAAGUUUUCAAGGGCCAACUAAGCAGCGGUUUGGUGGUUGCGGUAAAGGUUCUUGACAUGCAGUCCAAGUACACCAUUAGAAGCUUCGUCGCCGAGUGUGGUGUGCUCCGCAUGGCGCGGCACCAAAACCUCAUACGUAUAAUAAGCACGUGUUCUAACAUGGACUUCAAGGCACUAGUGUUACAGUAUAUGCCAAAUGGCAGCUUAGACACACUGCUACACCACUCCCAGGUGAAAAAGGUUCAAAUUGGAUUUGGCGAGAGGCUGGGAGUUUUGCUCGAUAUUUCAGUGGGAAUGGAGUAUCUGCAUCAUGGAUACCAUGAGGUAGUUUUGCAUUGCGACUUGAAGCCAAGCAAUGUCUUAUUUGAUGAGGACAUGAUUGCACAUGUGGCAGACUUUGGCAUUGCAAGAUUGCUACAAAGUGAUGAUAGCUCAAUGCUCUCCUCAAACAUGCCUGGUUCGAUUGGGUAUAAGUCACCAGAGUAUGGGUCAUAUGGAAAAGCAUCACGAAAGAGUGAUGUUUUCAGCUAUGGGGUAAUGCUUCUAGAAGUUCUCACUGGAAGGAAGCCUACAGAUGCUAUGUUUGUUGGUGAGUUAACCCUUCGGCGAUGGGUUCACCAGUUAUUUCCUUCAGAGCUUAUCCAUGUCAUGGAUACCCGGCUACUGCAUGGAUCCUCUUCAACCCGUGACCUGCACGAUAGCUUUCUUGUGCCUAUGAUAGAAAUUGGUUUGCAAUGCACAAACGAGAUACCUAGCGAGAGGAUAACAAUGAGCGAUGUGGUCCUCAGGCUAAAGAAGAUCCAAAUUGAGUACGCCAAAUGGAUAACAAGGACAUCAUAUCUAGUGCAGGGCAAUGAUUGAUGACGGUAUACCUUCUAUGUAUGUAUUUUGUUAUGAGUUCUUUUGUGGUACCUCUAAGUGAAUAAUAUCCCUCCAUUUACGUCCAUCUAAAGGGCUAAAAAAAAUCAUACUUCUCUCGAAGACCUGAGCACUAUGUAUCAUACCUCUACCAAUUUUCGCACCAAAAAAGAAAAAGGCCGUAGCCGGGCCCCAGUCCAGUAGACGCCCCAGCCCAUGUGCAAUCCCUGGGAAGCGCUGGAGGGGACGGGAUCGCACUAACCAGCUCGCUGGGUGGGAUGCCGCCGACGAUCAUUCGCUUUCGCAACUCCAGCGCCGCAGCCGCCGCGGCCCCUACCGCCGCCAUGCUUGGCGGAUCUCCACCUCCCCCUUCCGCCGCCUGCUUCCCCAUCACUUACCUGUCCCGCCGCGCGCGUCCUUGCCUCACAGCCGAUCCAAGAUCCUCGGCGACGGCGUCGUCGCUCGCGAAGGCGGCCGAUUUCGUUGCGCGGUUCCACGUACCGGCUCUGCGGUGGCGCAGGAGACGGUAGGAGGGUGACGAAGUAACUUUGGGAAGCGGAAUGGAAGGAGGAGGCGUCGCUGGCGCGUGUUUUGGUGGUCAAAGGCGUCGCUGAUGCUUAUCCUUCUCCGGCGUCGGUCCUUCUUGCUCCUCGUGGCCCUGCGGCGUCACCUGGUGCGUGUGUUGCGACGCGCCGCCGCACACCGGGGAGGAGGGGUCCCCUGGCUACGUCGAGCCCGCGCCCGCCAGCUACGACGUGUAUGUUCAUCAACGCAGCCAUUUCAACCUCCUCCUGCUGGUCCAUCUUUAACUAGUUGGGUGACAAAUGUUGCUGUUUCAUCAUCUAUUCAGUCUGCUAGUGUGGCCGCAUCAUCAAUGUUUGUUCCGCCAAAUCAAGGUAUAGGUACCUUUGUGUUGACAUGCAUGGAGCGGCUCAUUUUACUCAUCUUUGCACCAAAAUUGACAUGGCGUGGCAAGAUCGACGACACAGGUCCUGGUCUUCAUGGCGAGGCAUGAUUGGAGUUUGCUAUGAACAACUUCUCUACGGUGUUUAAUUCAGUUUGUAAUGUUUGGUACUGUUUAUGUUUGAUUCAGUUUGGUACUAGUGUUUAA